AAGCGCCGUGAGCAGUCUCCGCUCGGCCGCCCAUCCAUCGAUCUAUAGGCCGUUGGGUGUCGGAGUCGACCGACCGACGGACGGAGGUAGUAACGUAACCGAGGCGGAGAGCCCGACAGCGGUAAGUCGGCGAGGGAGCGGAAGCAACAGCAGGUAGCUAUGGCGGCCAUUGCAUCGCAAGCGGCGGCAGCGGCGGUCCGUCCGAGCGCCAUCUCCGCGCAGCUUUCCGCUUCCGACAGGACCGCGGCUUCUUCCCCGGCAGCUUCGCUGAAGGGCAGCUUCCUCUGUGGCGGUGCGACGCGCCGCCUCGCGGCGCCCAUCCGCCCGGUCGCCGCGCACGCUUCCGCCAGCUCCCGCCCGCUCACCGUCGUUUCCAAGGGCAACUGGCUGCCAGGAUCCGAGUCCCCCGCCUACCUUGAUGGCACUCUUCCCGGCGAUAACGGCUUUGACCCAUUGGAGCUCGGCCGCGAGCCGGAGCAGCUGCGCUGGUUGGUCCAGGCGGAGCUCCAGAAUGGCAGAUGGGCAAUGCUGGGAGUAGCGGGCAUGAUUGUCCCCGAGGUGCUGACGAAGCUCGGCGUCUGGAACGCCCCCUUGUGGUAUGACGCUGGCAAGGUGGAGUACUUCGCUUCUGCGUCGACCUUGUUCAUCGUGGAGUUGUUCUUGUUCGGGUGGGUGGAGAGCCGCCGCUGGAUGGACAUAAUUAACCCUGGCAGCGUGAGCGAGGACCCCAUUUUCAAGGGCAACAAGCUUCCCCCCGGCGACGUCGGCUACCCCGGUGGAAUCUUCAACCCCCUCGGAUUUGCCGCCAGCUUUGAGGCCAAGGAGAAGGAGAUCGCUAAUGGCCGUCUUGCUAUGCUUGCCUUCCUCGGCUACGUUGUGCAGUCCAAGCUUACUGGCGAUGGCCCCUUCGCCAAUCUGCUGACCCACUUGUCUGACCCGUGGCACACCACCAUCAUCCAGACCCUCAGCAAGUGAUUGCCCUUUUACAUUCCUGUCCUUGCCCCCUGCUUGAAUUCCUUCGCCCCCCCCCUUCUAUCGCUCUGAGACUCCCUCCCCCUCCUCUGUCUUUCAUCGCGUGCCCCCGCCCGUCUUCCCCUCACGAAGACUAAAUGUGGAAGAAUGGCGUUGUCGGUAAGGAGCAGGAGUCAACCGCCCUGGUGCCCUCCCUUUGACGAAGCUCCAAGUCCCGCUCCGCUUUCGCUCAUAAAUUCCCCGUCUUAGCGCUCUCUCUCUCUCUCUCUGUCUCUGUCUCUGUCUCUCUCUCUCUCUGUCCCGUUCGCUCUCUCACUCUGUGUGCUUUGAUAUCUUGUCUGUUGCUCACGUCGUUUUCCAUGGCCCAAUUUGUCAUUUAUGGAUCUCAUGGGCAAAGGAAAGCCAAUCAAUCGGCUCCCGAGAUGCCGACAUGCGCAAUCGGAUAUGACGUGACUAGCUUAGUCAACCAGCUAGUCAGAGCGUCAAACUGUGCGCGCGCGCGCGCGCGAGAGAGAGAGAGAGAGAGUAGACGCGCAUAUGCACGCUGGCUGGCUGGCUCUCCCACGCGAGAGAGGAGCUCGUGCGUGCAAGCAGCAGGAUUGCGCCGGAUACAUGUCGUCGAACAGGGAACCGCGGCCACUUGCGCGGACAAGAAAGCACACAGAGAACGACGAGGGGCUCGUGGCGGCAAAAACUACAUUUACUGUAUUAGUUUCAGCUGCGUUAAUUGGUCCAGGAUGAAAUCGGGAAUGGAAAGCAGCAGUCGCUAUGCUUGGAAAGGGACGUUUCCGAAAGACGAAGAGACAGUCGUGGGAGAUGUGGGCGAGCGACUACCGUGGGAGGGGGAGGGAUGAGCAAGGGGGGGGGGGGGGGGGGGGGGGAGAGAGGGGGGGGGGGGGGGGGGGGGGGGGGGGGGGGGAGAAGAGGUGGGGAUUGAAAAGAAGAAGGCCGGGGCAACUGCGAGGAGGGAAGCGGAGGCGACGGAAGAGUGAGGUCAGGGCUCGAUAUGUAUGUUAAUUACAGGAUUAAUUAUUCUAUUUUGGAACUCAAAUGGUGUCGAAGGGAGUGCACUGGGAGGAAUGGAGACGGGGGAGGCGAAGUGGGAGGGGGAGGGGUUGGGGUUGGGAUGAGACCAUGACGGUGGUGGGUGGGUGGGGCAGUGGCAGGCAGGGAAGGAUGUGGUUCCUUAUGGUGGCCGGCGAUGGAAGGAGUAAUUUCUGUGCUGUUGUAUAUUGUUUUUUUUUUGCCGUUAAGCGGGGGGUUUCCAAAAGCCAAACGGAACGGAACAGUCUGAGAACGUAACGUAACGGAACGGGAUGGGGGCCGACAUUCUUGUACAUACUUCACUUGCUUGCGGAUUUUCAUGAAUGUGAUUGGAUAUAUAUAUGGCUAUGCGGGGGUCUGUCUAUAUGCCUAUGUGGCUAUGUGGCUAUGUAAUGGCUCUCUCACUAUGUUUAGUCUAAGUUAGCGGGAUUGAAAAUAAUGUUGUUGUUGUUGUUGUUGUUGUUGUUGUUGUUGUUGUUGUUUUUUUUUUGUUACCCUUUGUCCAAGAAAAGAAUGUUCGUAAAAAAAAAAAUAAAAAAAAUCUUUACUGACUCUUCAUGAUCUUUUACGAUGGCUUGGGGAAGAUUGUAUUUUGUGAAUUUAACAAAAACUUUAAGAUGUA